AUGCCGUCCCUUAAUAGUUGGUACUGGAAGUUCCUUGAGAACUAUGUCUACGCGGUGCCAGAGCCUCCCCCACGCAAGCGAACUAAACCCAUGCAGAUUUUGUGUGUGGGACCGCCGAGGUCUGGAACCGAGUCACUUCAAACGGCCCUUCUGAAACUUGGAUAUGAUCAUACUUAUCAUGGUUGGGAUAUCGUUUAUGAGAACCCCCCUGCCGCAUCAAAAUGGUUCGGUACCGUUGAUGGAAAUACGAACAUCACCAAGGAAGACUUUGACGAGGUUCUCGGACAUUGCACGGCUGUAACAGAUGCCGCAGCAUCCGUCUUUGCGGCUGAACUCAUUGCCGCGUAUCCCGAUGCCAAGGUUGUCCUUAAUCACCGCAAAGACCUGGAUGCGUGGCAUGACAGCGCUAUCAAGACUUUACUCAGUGUUUGGAAUAGCUGGCCUAUCUGGGUUCUGUCAUGCCUUGGCAAGGAGCUCUUUUGGGUAUGGCAUGUCUAUGAGCGUUUCAUGUGGCCUGAACACUGCAACAUGAUCCGAGGCCUAGUACCCAAGGAGCGACUCCUCGAGUGGACUGUUAACGACGGCUGGGAGCCUUUGUGCAAGUUCUUGGACAAACCUAUCCCCGAUGAACCGUUCCCCCAUGUCAACAAAGCUACUGGUUGGGAUGAUCGAGUAGCUGAAACCAGCAAACGAUAUUUGUGGAGUGCCCUACCUGGCUUGACAAUCGUGACCACUGUUACAGUUGGCCUAGGAGCUGUAGCAUACAAGGCUUUGAACUAA